UUGUUUCUCUGGUUGCAUGCGCCGGGGCGCCUGGGUCGGUGCCGGGGAGGGGUGCGCGUGGGAUUGAGAAGAGGAGGUGGUGGCGGGGAUGGAGGGAGUGGAGGUGGAGCAGGUGGCGCCGGAGCAGGUCAUCAGCACGAGGGGAGGCUCCGUGCUCGGGAAGAAGACCAUCCUCAAGAGCGACCACUUCCCCGGGUGCCAGAACAAGCGCCUCUCGCCGCAAAUCGACGGCGCGCCCAAUUAUCGCCAGGCGGGUUCUUUGCGUGUUCAUGGCGUUGCAAUGCCAACAAUGAAAGGAAUUGUAAAUGUGUUAAAUCAUAUAGGAGCACAAAAGAAAGGAAAACAAACCCAAGUUCUUUGGCAUAGUCUUCGCGAGGAGCCGGUUAUCUACAUCAAUGGUCGCCCUUUUGUUCUGCGGGAUGUAGAAAGGCCCUUCUCAAACCUUGAAUACACGGGAAUUAACCGGGAAAGAGUGGAGCAAAUGGAGUUUCGCCUAAAAGAAGAUAUUCUUCAGGAAGCUUCACGAUAUGGUAAUAAGAUCCUAGUCACUGAUGAGCUGCCAAAUGGUCAGAUGGUGGACCAGUGGGAGUCAGUCAUAUCUGAUACAGUCAAGACCCCUCUUGAGGUCUAUGAGGAGCUGCAAUGUCAAGGAUACCUUGUGGAUUAUGAGCGUGUUCCUAUUACCGAUGAAAAGGCCCCAAAAGAAGGAGAUUUCGACAAUCUGGUACAUCGAAUCUCUCAAGUCGGUAUAGAAACUGAAAUCAUAUUUAAUUGCCAAAUGGGGAGGGGGAGGACAACCACUGGUAUGGUUAUAGCUACAUUGAUUUACCUGAACCGGAUAGGAGCGUCUGGUAUCCCUAGGACAAGCUCAAUUGGGAAGGUCUUCCAUUCUGGAAAUGAUGUAGACGACUAUAUGCCUAGCUCAGAAGAAGCAAUCCUCAGAGGAGAGUAUUCUGUCAUUAGGAGCUUGGUACGAGUACUUGAGGGUGGUGUUGAAGGAAAAAGGCAAGUUGACAAAGUUAUUGAUAAAUGUGACACGAUGCAGAACUUAAGAGAGGCUAUAGCUACAUACCGCAAUAGUAUUCUACGGCAAGCUGAUGAGAUGAAACGGGAGGCAUCACUUUCCUUCUUUGUUGAGUACUUGGAACGUUAUUACUUCCUCAUAUGCUUUGCUGUCUAUGUUCAUUCAGUAUGCUCUGCUCAACAGUCCAACUUUUCAGAAGAAGUUAGUUUUUCUGAUUGGAUGAGAGCAAGACCUGAACUGUACAGCAUUCUUCGAAGGUUGUUGAGGAGAGAUCCAAUGGGCGCUCUUGGUUAUUCAAGUUCAAAACCUCCUCUUGCAAAAAUUGUGGAAUCUGCUGAUGGACGCCCUCAUGAGAUGGAUAUUGUUGCUGCCAUGAGGAAUGGAGAAGUUCUUGGACGUCAAACUGUGCUAAAAAGUGACCACUGCCCAGGUUGUCAGAACCUUCAUUUACCAGAAAGAGUGGAGGGUGCACCUAAUUUUAGGGAAAUUCCUGAAUUUCCGGUCUAUGGUGUUGCAAACCCCACUGUUGAUGGCAUUCGAGCUGUUAUUCAGCGUGUUAGUACAAGCAAGGGAGGCCGACCAAUCCUGUGGCAUAAUAUGAGAGAAGAACCUGUUAUUUAUAUAAAUGGGAAGCCAUUUGUGCUACGUGAAGUGGAAAGACCAUACAAGAAUAUGCUGGAGUACACGGGAAUUGAUCGUGAUAGGGUGGAACGCAUGGAAGCUCGGUUGAAGGAGGAUAUUUUACGGGAAGCAGAACGCUAUAGUGGGGCCAUAAUGGUUAUUCAUGAAACUGACAAUGGUGAGAUAUUUGAUGCCUGGGAAAAUGUAAAUAAUGAAGCUGUUCUGACUCCACUGGAGGUGUACAAACUUUUGGAGUCUGAAGGUCUUCCAAUCAAGUAUGCACGAGUGCCAAUCACUGAUGGUAAAGCCCCCAAAAGUUCGGAUUUUGACACGAUAGCCUUAAAUGUGGCAGCUGCUUGCAAGGAUACUGCAUUUGUGUUUAAUUGUCAGAUGGGCAGGGGAAGAACAACUACAGGCACUGUGAUUGCUUGUUUGCUGAGAUUGCGUAUUGAUCAUGGCAGACCUAUUAGAUUGCCCACUUGUGAAUAUAACCAUGAGGAUUCAAAUGAAUUGGGUUACUCAAGUGGAGAAGAAACAACAGAUCACAAUGGUCACCUUAAUUCAAGUCCACCGAGACCUCAUACGGUGACAGAACAGCAUUCUAGAUUUGGAAUUGACGACAUCCUUGUUUUGCGAAAGAUUACAAGAUUAUUUGACAACGGAACUGAAUGUAGGCAAAUCCUGGAUAAUGUUAUUGACAAAUGCUCAGCUUUACAGAAUAUCCGCCAAGCUGUUUUGCAGUAUACAAAAGUAAUUAACCAACAGCAUGUGGAGCAAAGAGUUAAGAGGGUUGCAUUAAAUCGUGGUGCUGAAUAUUUGGAGAGGUACUUGAAAUUAGUUGCCUUCUCAGCCUAUCUUUGGAGUGAAGCAUUCAAUGGUUUCUGUGGGCAAGGAGAAGCAAAGAUGUCAUUUAAAGCAUGGAUACACCAGAGGCCAGAGAUCCAAAGCAUGAAAUGGAGCAUAAGGCUACGACCUGGGCGUUUUUUCACUGUUCAUGAUGAAUCCAAAGCAUCUCAACAGUCUUCACAAGGCGAUGUAAUGAUGGAAGCCAUUGUCAAAGCUCGUAAUGGUUCUGUUCUGGGGAAGGGAUCAAUACUAAAAAUGUACUUCUUUCCUGGACAGAAAAGGUCAAGCAGCAUUAAUAUAUCUGGCGCACCACAUGUUUUCAAGGUGAAUGGAUACCCUGUGUAUAGCAUGGCAACACCAACUGUUGAUGGAGCAAAAGAAGUUUUGUCAUAUUUGAGCUCAAAAGAUACUGGAACAAACACUGCUCAAAAGGUGGUUGUCACAGAUGUUAGGGAGGAAGUGGUGGUUUACAUCAAGGGAACACCUUUUGUUUUGAGAGAGCUAGAUCAACCUGUUGACACCCUUAAGCAUGUUGGCAUAAGUGGCCCAAUGGUUGAAAGCAUAGAGACAAGACUAAAGGAGGAUAUACUCUACGAAGUUAAACAACAAGGUGGUCGGCUACUUCUGCACCAAGAAGAAUUUAACUCGUCAACAUGUCAAUCAAGUAUUGUAGGUUUUUGGGAACAUAUAGGUUCAGAGGAUGUGAUGACACCAGCUGAAGUAUAUAGUUUGUUGAAAGAUCAGGGGUACUGUAUCGACUACAAAAGAAUACCUCUCACCAGGGAAAGAGAAGCAUUAGCUGCUGAUGUAGAUGCGAUAAAAUCGUCAGUUGAUGAGAAUGCAAGGUACUACCUGUUUAUUUCACACACAGGAUAUGGUGGUGUUGCUUAUGCAAUGGCCAUUACAUGCCUGGGACUAGGAGCAGAUGAAAAGUUUGUUAUGGAACAAACAGCAGAAACACACUUCGUGUCAACUUCUCUUACAAAAAAUUUGUCUAUCAAAACAUCUGCUGAAAUAGCCUUCAGGCAGGGUGAUUACCGUGACAUACUAAACCUUACAAGGGUACUGGUACAUGGCCCAAAAUGCAAAGAAGAGGUUGACACCGUUAUUGAUAGGUGUGUUGGUGCUGGACAUUUGCGGGAGGAUAUUAUUCAUUACAGAAAGGCGUUGCAAGAUUGUUCACCGGAUGAUGAUGAGGCAUGGUCAUAUCUUAUGGAUAUGGGCACUAAAGCUUUGAGGCGGUACUUCUUCCUGAUCACCUUCCGAUCCUACCUGUACUGUUCAUCUUUGCGUGAACCAACAUUUGCAUCGUGGAUGGACGCCAGGCCUGAACUUGGCCAUCUCUGCGAUAAUCUAAAACUGGAUAAAUAGAUUAAAUGAGUACUCUCUUCAUUGGAUUAUUGAACUGUUUUGCUAGUUCGUGGACCUGAGGAAGAAAGAGAUGAAAUAAUUGGUUAGGAAGGAGGAAACAUGAGAACCGCCAGAAAGUAGUAGUUUUUAGGGCAUUUUACCAGACUAGUUGGCGCCAAUUGGCACCAGCAAGGAUGUAUAUAUAUUCUCAAAGGUUAAAUUGUAGAGGAACAUAGCUGAGGUUACUAGUUUUAUUUCUCUCCAUUUCUUUUGUAAUAAAUAUUAGUAUGUAAUUUGUUUGCAUAUUAUAUCUGCUCCUUUUCCCGUAACUCCCGAACGCUGUAUUCUGCAAGUGUACAGUACAUUGUAAAAAUAUAUAUAGGUCAAUUUUCGCUGAAAAUAUGUAUAUAU